CACGUGAGAUGUUAGGAUCGAUAACAAAGAGUACCAGUCCAAUCUCAGCACAGGAUCUGCAAUUACUCGUACUUUAAACGGCGGAGUGAGUGACGGCGGAGCCCUAGAAUCUCAAUUGGUUUUGCCGCUGUCGUUUUCCAACGUGCAGUUUUCGAAAUAAACAAACAAAACAUUGUCGAAAUCACCACAUGGCCUCGCUCCUUCAAAAAGCCGCAGUUAACUUUCUCUGACCACUUCUCAAUCCGGACGCCACAGCUGGCAAUUCAUCGAUUUCAUAUCUCAAAAUAAUCUUUAUUACUAUAUGUUAAAGUAUCAGCGCAUAAAUUGGCUGGAAUUGAAAGCAACAAGGGGGGGCAGACAUCUUCGGGUGAAUCUUUAUGGCAAAAGUUGAGAAGCUCGAAGAACUCGGUAAUGGCGCCUCCGAUCCUUUCAUUGGCUCUGCCAUCGGAAACGGGUCGAGUUCUCAGCAUUCAAUCUCACACUGUUCAGGGAUAUGUUGGCAAUAAAUCAGCUGUUUUCCCUCUUCAACUACUAGGCUAUGACGUGGAUCCAAUCAAUUCAGUGCAGUUCUCAAACCACACAGGAUACCCAACUUUUAAGGGGCAAGUUUUGAAUGGACAACAACUGUGGGAAUUAAUAGAAGGCCUUGAAGCGAAUGAUCUAUUAUUCUACACCCAUUUAUUGACUGGUUAUAUUGGUUCCGUCUCCUUUUUGAACACCAUUUUAGAAGUCGUCAGUAAGCUUCGGGCUGUCAAUCCCAAACUUACUUAUGUUUGUGAUCCAGUAAUGGGUGAUGAGGGAAAGCUUUAUGUCCCUCCAGAAUUGGUAGCAGUAUACCGUGAGAAGGUAGUCCCUGUUGCUUCAAUGUUGACUCCUAACCAGUUUGAAGCAGAACAGUUGACUGGGUUAAGAAUUGUGUCAGAAAAAGAUGGCCGGGAAGCCUGCAACAUUCUUCAUGCUGCUGGACCACCAAAGGUAGUGAUAACCAGCAUAAAUAUUGAUGACAAUCUUCUCCUUAUUGGCAGUCAUCAGAAAGAAAUGGGUAAGUCACCUGAACAAUUCAGGAUUGCGAUACCCAAAAUUCCUGCAUAUUUCACGGGAACAGGGGAUCUAAUGACUGCACUAUUACUUGGAUGGAGCAAUAAAUAUCCUGAUAAUCUUGACAAAGCAGCAGAGCUUGCUGUAUCAAGCUUGCAGGCACUUCUGCAGAGGACAUUGAGUGACUACAAAAUGGCGGGAUACGAUCCUGAAUCAAGCAGUUUGGAGAUUCGAUUAAUACAGAGCCAAGACGACAUUCGUCACCCACAGGUCAAAUACAUGGCUGAGAGAUACAGCUGAAUUGAGUGCUACAUUGAACAAUAGUAUCAAUCACAUACAUUCGUCACCCACAGGUCAAAUACAUGACCGAGAGAUACAUCUGAAUUGAGUGCUACAUUGAACAAUAGUAUCAAUCGCAUGUAUUCUUCAGACAUAAGUAUAUGCGUGGUCUUACUACUAGGUUGAAGUUACCAUGGGAGUAUGAUAUAAAACAUUAGUGUUUUUCUUCUUUUUUUCCUGUCUUUUCAUUUUGUUGUGAUGUUUACUAGACUAAGCAAAGACUACUUUAAAUAAAGGAAGCAUGCAAUUUCUUUCUUUCUUCUAUAAA